AUGGCUCCUAUUCUGUUGAACUGCAUGGGCAAUGAGCACAAGGACUAUAUCGAUGAAUCGCCAGUCCAUGUGAAAAAUCCUAAUCUAUUUACAAUGGAAGAGGACAUUCUUUACCACUUCAGCCUGGGAACCAAGACUCACAACCUGCCUGAAAUGUUUGGAGAUAUCAAGUUUGUCUGCGUUGGAGGAAGUGCAAAUCGCAUGAAGUCGUUUGCCCAGUUUAUUCACAAAGAGCUGGCUCUACCUGGAAACUCAGACGAUAUCCUAGACAUUUGCGAGGGAACCGACCGUUACUGCAUGUACAAAGUGGGACCAGUUCUUUCCAUAAGCCAUGGAAUGGGAGUCCCCUCGAUCUCCAUUAUGCUGCAUGAGCUGAUCAAACUUCUGCACCACGCUCAGUGCCGGGAUGUGGUGCUUUUCCGCCUGGGCACUUCUGGAGGAGUUGGUCUUCCAGCAGGGACCGUGGUCAUCACAGACAAGGCUGUGGACUACUCUUUCCAGGCCAAGUUUGAGCAGGUGGUUCUGGGUAAAGUCAUUAUCAGGAGCACAGAGCUGGACGAGGGAGUGUCCAGUGAGCUCCUCAAAUACUCCAAGGAGAUCCCAAACCUGCCCACGGUCAUCGGAAACACCAUGUGCACCCAUGACUUUUAUGAAGGUCAGGGCAGACUCGAUGGUGCUCUCUGCUCCUUCUCCCAUGAAGAAAAACUGGAAUAUUUGAGAAAAGCUUACGACGCAGGCGUGAGGAACAUCGAGAUGGAAUCCACAGUUUUUGCUGCGAUGUGCAAAGUUUGUGGUAUCAAAGCGGCUGUGAUUUGCGUGGCGCUGCUGAACCGUUUUGAAGGAGACCAAAUCACAUCUUCUCAUGAUGUUCUGGUGGAAUACCAGCAGAGACCUCAGAUUCUUGUCUCCUACUUCAUCAAAAAACGCCUUGGACUUAUUGCCUAA